AUGGAAGCACUGCAACGUGAAGUUGAAAUGCUAAAAGCCAAGAAAAAAAAUUUAAAUAAUGAUUCUAAUGCUGCGUCAUCUGUCGAUUCUUCAUAUAAUGCCAAAAAUGGUGUUAUUUUUAAAACUACCAAGAUUGUAGAAGAAUCUGCAAAUAAAAAGACUUUUGAAAGCAUUUCAGCAUCUAGUGGAAGUGGGAGUGACAAUCCUGCAAGACCAGGAUCUUUAUUGCUCUCUGUCCCAAAAGAUUUCGUUAAGCAGCUGGAGGACGUAUUUGGUCCAUUGAUGCCUAAUGAUAAUUUAUCGACUGGACCAAAAAUUGAAAUAAAUCUAGCAGCAGCUAAAUCAAUUUAUGAUAUUUUAGGAAGCUGCAUACACACUGAAAAACAAGUAGAUUUAAAAAAAGCGGGCUCUAAAAGAAAGCUCGUACUAAAUAAUUCAUCUGGUGAAAAGAAGAUGGAUCAAGAAAAUUCUGAUGCCAUUGGAGAUAUAGAAGAACCUAUAAGUUUGUCUAAAAUAAUGAAAAAAGAAGCAUCAGCUGAACUUUCUAAAAAAGACAAGGCAAUCGGUGAUUGGGACCGAAUAACUCCAGAAGCUCAAAUAUUUCGACAAAAAGCAGCAGAGCAUUACGAACUGGAACGUCUGUGCAAAGAUAAUUUACAGAAGUUCCGUGAUAUGAAAAUAGAUAUUGCUGCUGAUGCGUAUGCUGCUGAUGCUUGUGAACAUCGAUUGAAGAUGGAUGCUGCAAACAAAGUUGCAUCUGAUUUGAUUUUGCGGCAUAACAAUAAAGGUCUAGAUUGCAAUGAUCUAGACCUACAUGGAUUGUUUACUGGCGAAGCUGUAACAGCAGUAUCAAAAUUCCUUGAUGCAAAACAGAAUUCUAAACGUUGUAAAAUCAUCACUGGUCAAGGACAUCACAGCCUGGAUGGACCAAAAAUUCGUCCUGCUGUAAUAAACUUUUUGAAAAAUAAUAAUUAUAAUUUUUCAGAUGAUAAUCCUGGCUUCGUAAUGGUUUAUUUGCAUUCUCAUGGAAAUAAUGCACCAAGAAAUGUGUGUUUUAUUGGUUGCCAAAAGGGGAAAUGCACUAGAUCUUACUUCGAAGAAAACACAGCUGAAUCUAUAAACCUGGUUUUUCAGUUUCUGAAGGAUAUGUGUUCCAAGAAUGGGCCAAUUGGCUCUGGUAUAGCUGUUUUACCUGGCUUUCAAAUUUUGUAAAUAUCUGUGUAAAUAUGUGUUUAUGUGUACUUGUAAAUAUGUACGUAUAUAUGAAAUAACUAUAAUGUAUAAAAUUCUGUUCUGUAUAAUUGUAUUAGCUGCUAACCCGGUGCUGUUUAAAAUCAAAAUUUUAUCAUAUAUCUCUAUUUUUUACAUGCACUCAUGUCCAUAAAUUAAGGAUAAUUCAGAGUCACGCGGAAAUCGAACUCUAAAAUACAUAAAAAAAAAGGACUACGGGUUGUUUCGGGGCGCCAUGGGCUCAAAAUUCGUGUUUAUGGAUGACAACGCCCGUCCUCGCCUUCCAGACAUCGUAAACGAAUGCCUUUGAUCGGAGGAUAUCACCCGUAUGGACUGGCCAGCAUUCCCACCGGACUUGAAUCCAGUAGAGCAUGUGUGGGACAUGCUUGGCCGACGCGUUGCAGCCCGUCAACCACCUCUUACUUCGGAGAGCAUUGCUUGAUGAAUGGUGUAAUAAUCCCCAAGAUCAGAUCGAUAAUUUGAUACUCACCAUGCGUAGGCGUUGUAGGACUGUAUUGUAUCGUCUGGGAGAUAUACUAUGUUUUAACCAUCAUACCAACCAUGAAAUAUUGGUUUUUGUAAAUAGGUUUUUUGUAAUUUGCUCCAAGGAGCAAAAAAUCGCAAUUUUUAUUAAUGAUAUCAAACAUAUAGCAUCUUUUUUGCUCUUUAUCUUUUGUUUAAUAAAUAGGCUUUACAAAUAAGUCACAUUUGUUUUGCUUCUGACUUUCUUUUCCUGAACUUGCAUUAUCCUUAAUUUAUGAACGUGAGUGUAGAUUGCAUUAAAUUUCUCCUAGUCAAUCGCUUUUAAUUUCCUUCUUUUGAAAUGAGAUCUUUGAAGUCUGCGUUUCAAUUUUGUAAAAAUGAUAUAUAUAAUUGUAUAUUGUGUAAA